AUGGACGAGGACAGUCUCCGGAAUUGGGGUUACUAUGAACCACCCGUGAAGGGCCACCUUGGGCUCCAGCUCAUGUCCUCUGUGGCCGCUGAGCGGGAUACAAAGCCUUUCUUACCAGGCCGAGAUCACAAUCCUGUGAUGGUCCCAUCCAAUGGCUCGUAUCACCCUAGGGACUGCAUCGUCACCAAUCCACCCGUCACUCACAUGGACUACGUGCGCGACAGCUGGAUCAACCACUGCGAUAAAUUCCCUCACAUGUUAUCUAGAAGCCCCUACAGCCCUGUCCUGGCCGACACCUCUGCAGCAGGCCCACAUCAAUCCAUGCAGAUGGUGGUCCACACGCACCAACAGCCGGAGACGAGAUCCAGCAUUGAGGAACCCUUCACCAAGAAGGAGGACGGGCCCGGGCUUGGACCCGGGCCUUCCAAGAAGCGCGGGUCGGCCCCGAAGGCCCCCAAGGCGAAGAAGCCGAGGAGAGGACCAGGCCCCAAGGAAAAUGGUAAUAACGGUAGUAACAGCAAUACUAAGAAUAAUAAAGACAGUAAUAGUAAUAACUCCACCCCACGCGCAAAGAAGAAUGUUGAGGUUGUAAUAAAUGGGGUGGACAUGGAUAUUACGGGCAUACCCAUCCCCGUGUGCUCAUGCACGGGGGCCCCACAGCAGUGCUACAGAUGGGGGUGUGGGGGCUGGCAGUCUGCAUGUUGCACGACCACCAUUUCCAUGUACCCACUCCCAAUGAGCACAAAGAGGCGUGGAGCUCGGAUCGCGGGCCGAAAGAUGAGCCAGGGGGCAUUCAAGAAGGUUCUGGAGAAGCUGGCGGGGGAAGGGUAUAAUUUCGCAAACCCAAUCGACCUGAGGACUUACUGGGCGAAGCACGGCACCAACAAGUUUGUGAUCAUCAGGUAG